UCUUGUCGGACAGUAGUGCACUGGGGCAAUGUUGUAGUUUGCAAGAGGGCUGGAAGUGAGGAGACUCUUUUGCUUCCUGCUUUGUGUUAUCUUCCAGCUAAAACAAAACUCAGCAUGGCCAGCCGAAACUAACCAGAUGCCUGUCGUUCUCGAAGUUCAUGUUGCGCGACGUGAUAUCUGAUCCGGCCGAGGAGUGAAGAACAUUCCUGGAGGAGUUGACGGAGUCCAUCUUAAGCUUAUGAGAAACCGGCCCGCUCACACCACAUCUGUCAGAAUGGCCUGCAGCUCAGAUUGCCAUUAUUGGAACAACUUGGGACACAGAUGUGCGUUGCAAUGGUGAUCAUUUACAAGAAAACACUGGAAAAGAAGGGUGCCGACGAUGUAACGUCCACACGUACAGACUUGAGCCCGGCACAGACCAUGAGCCAGGGGGCGGCACUUUUCUCUUUUGGACUCAUGGAGACCAGAAGAUGGCACGAGGUGGGUCACAGCUGUGCCAUCCAGCAGAGCCCGGUCGGGACCAGCCUGGAGAGCCUGUGGGACGUCCUGCCUGAGGUCCACAAAGGUUCUGCCCACUGGGACUGGGACGUGGGCUCCACUUCCAGCACAAUCAGCAGCCUGUUGCAGGACCUCAGCCUGACCGAGGCCGCCGCCGCCGCCUCCCACUCCAAGGCCCCCCCCAGCAAGCGACAGUGUCGCUCUCUGUCCUGCUCGGACGAGCUCAGCAGCUGCCGCUCCACCUGGCGCCCGCAGGGCUCCCGCGUGUGGACGGCGGUGGAGAAGAGGAGGUGCCUCAGCGGGGGCAGCGUCCAGCGCGGCGGCGGCGGGAACGGGCAGCUGGGCUUCCCGGCCAUGCAGCGCAGCUCCAGCUUCAGCCUGCCGGCCCGCUCCGACCCCCCGGAGCCGCCCGGCUCCGCCCAGCGCCCGCCGUGGCCCUCAGCCUUCGCGGGCCUCACCUCCGCCUCCUCCAUGCCCCUGCCCGGCGAGCCGGCGGCCCAGCCCCUCUACCUCUCUCACGAACAAAUCUGCCUCGCCGAGCCUCCGGCGCCCUCGCCGCCCAGCUCGCCGGACUCCACCCCGGAACUGGAGCGCCGCGGCGGGCAGGGCGGUCUGGCCCGGUGCCGCUCUCAGCCCUGCGUCCUCAACGACAAGAAGAUCGGCGUGAAGCGAAGGAGGCCAGCCGACUCCCAAAAACAGAGGCCUUCACUGGAUCUGGCAAAGAUGACCCAGCCGCGUCUCAACAGACGCGCUGCUGUGACAGGACAAGCGGACGCCACGCGGGCUUCAAACGGAGACGAGGUCAGCGUGGAGAAAACGGCCUCAGGCCAGGCAACCAACAAUGUUUUCACAGAGCGGUGUCAGGGAGCUCUGCGUGUUAGCGGCGGGCCUUUCCUGCCGCUCAUGUAUUGUUCUGUGUUUUUCUUUGAGGAAGGACAUUGGCUGUCAGCAGAGGAUUUCCUAACUCCUCUGCACCUCCUGAUUAUAAAGAAGCCAGAAGUGCUGUUGGGCGCCUCUGAUCUUGAGAAACUUGUGAAACUUGAGAUCCGCACAGAUUGGAUAAGCCUCGCUCGUAAAGCUCCUCAUUCCAGCUCGCCCAGCUGUCAGGAGAGGAAUCGCCCGCAGCAGUGGUGCCACAUGUGCGUUCGCCCCAAGAAGUUUCUGGAUUUCCCAGAUAAACUUCGGAAUUUCCACAGCCUCAGUUGCCCUGGGAUCACAGGGGAGGACGUGGGCGAGUCGAGCCAGGACCGCAGCACUCUCAGGGCGACCACCCCCAUCGGCACUGACCACUCGGCUGCCAGGCAACACAGUUUAGAGGACGUCCAGCCCCGGCCCAGCGAGGCCGAUCUCCCCAGGCAGGCGUCCUCCGCCGCCGCCGCGGAGGAGGCAGAGUGGAACUACGCAGGGGAUCUGACCCCGCCGCUGACCGGCGGGAAGGACGGCGAGCCUCUGUGGGUGGGGCUGUGUAGCAUGAGGAGGGACGUGUAUCAGCUCGGAGGUGAGCUCGACAUUGAGCAAAUUGAGAGAAACUGAUCUGAGGUGUUUUCCUCCUUGGCGAGGGGGGGGGCUCAUUCAGAGGACUCGGGGUUUUAUCACCAGGUGGUACAGCAAACAGCACCGGUAGUCUUAAGGACAAAGUGAGCUGGACGCUAAUGCAGCGUCUUAAGUUUUUUUUUGUUUUUUUGGGAGGAGAUACUGAAAAGAAGCUUUGUGUGCUAAAUGCACAUGUUUGGGGACUGUGUUGUCGGAAGUGACUCCCCCACACAUUGUUUGGUUUCUCUACUGGGUCUCAGGAGAAAAAGGAAGUCAGGGAGGACAGAUCUGAGUGGACAUACACCUUAGGUUCUAAGAUAUUCUUUGUUAUUGUUAAGUCAGAGCUGGGAGGGUUCUAUAACAUUUCUUUUAACCCUGAUUAGCCUAAUUGUGCUUUGUUUGGAGAGAAUUCACAGCGGGCUUGUAUAAAUUCUCUAAACUAGAAAAAAGUCUCUUUCUCUGACGUUCUUCACUAGCACAUAGGUACAUGAUGGAGGGAAAUGGACACCACUUCUAAAGCUACUGUUAGUAAAUCCCUGUUCACUCUUACUGAGCAACAAGAUGCACGCACACAACUUCUAUAAAGUGUACUGAAGAGCUUAACUUUCACUCAGCAAUUCAGGCGUAACUCAGAGAUCAGUGCUCCUGAAUGUCUGAAAGAAGCUUUGAGAUGCUAAUAGCGUUAAUAGUCUUUCUUUUUACAAUUUGUAACAAAGUUAUGUAAAACAUGUGCAUAAUUUCUAUACAAAUAAAUGCAGUUUUUAAAGGUGCUCCUUGUGAUGACAUUAUUCAUGUCCUCUGAUGAAAUCAGGGGUGCCAGCCCUGGUUUAUGUCACGUGCCAUAAAGCAGAGCAAAGCAGAUUUUCAAUGCAGCUGCAUCACUUAGUAAGACUAAUAAAAGAUGAGGGAAAGGGAGUGAAGAAAUUCUGCAGCUGGCCGAAAUUCCCGUGAAUGGCACAAGGUUUGACAUGCUGUCUAACCACAUUAAAAAAAAUAUUUUAAACAAUGAAAGAAUUUUUGUGCAAAGUGGUUGAAGGAUAAAAAAUGUCCAAACUUAGACUUUGAAGAUUAUUUUGAUAUUUUC